AUGAACGUCAGGAAGGCGUGGUCACACAGCUGCCGGGCGGGAGCUACGGGCGGAGCCUCCUUCCCCACUGCGGCUCCCGCGCCCCCUCGGCCCCACCUCAACAGCCCUUUCCUCCGGUUUCUCCCCAGGGCUGACUUAGGAUUCGGCCGAAGUUGCUAUGGAGCCUUCCGAUCACCGUGUUCAUCUCCGUGUUCAUCUCCCAGUUUGGAAGAGGAUGAGGAGAUUAAUGAGGAAACUUUGAACUCUGACAUUCAGAAACUGAAGGAGAAAAAGGAGAUGCUGGACAAGGAGAUUUCCCAGUUAGUAAAAGAAGGCUACCGUGUGGGUGAGCUAGAGGACCACAUCUCUCUCCUCCAUGAGUACAAUGACAUCAAGGAUGUGGCACAGAUGCUGCUGGGAAAGCUGGCUCUGACCCGAGGUGUCACCAUCAAGGAGUUAUAUCCAGAUUUUGGUCUAGACCUGAGUGACUGAGCAGAGUCUUGGAGACAAUGGGACAAGUGGAUGGAGAACAUGAAAAGCAGAGAUUGCAUCCCAGACAGUACUUUUGAAAGGCCCAAACUAAGUUUAGGGUGGGUCCUAGAGAGAGGGGUGUUGGGAGGGGUGAUCAUUGUCAGGUCUAAGGUUCCUAAAUGUACUUGUGGAUGGUUAUGUGGGAUUGUCCCUUUUGUUAAUAAACAUGAGCAGUCUCUGCAUGGUUCUGA